AUGGCGCCGCCAAGUAACACGGUACUACUCGACUCAACUACUUUACAUGUGCCUGUUGCUGUUACUCCAGGGGCCAUACCAGGUCCAGCUUACGAUGUGAGCUCUUCUUUGCCUGCGCCGUCGGACAUAACAUCGUCGGUUUUCCACAGUGUUCCUCCACAUCUGCCCACUCCUCCUCGGGUUCCUAUUUACACAAAUCGCACCAACUCCAUCUCUCAAGUGACACCUACGGUAGUCACAUACACUGCCUCUGGAAGUGCACCGCCCCUUUCAGAUAUCACGUCAGUUUUUGCCAAUUCUUCGGUACCCAAUGGAGCGUGUACCGGGUGUAUCAUCGCAGGGUAUGGUCCUAUAACCACAUCCUACGUACCGGGGGAGUUUUACAACCCAUGGACUAGCACAGUGGUAACCGAGACCAUCGUUACAGAGUAUUCGACUUACAUGUACAAUGGUACUGUCGAGACUGUCGUUACAGAGAAGCGUACUGUCAACCAGACAAAGACUGUUACCGGAGCUAAUGGCCAAUUAAUCACACGCGCGACACCGACGUUCACAGUACAACCAACACCAGGAGUAAUUGUUCACCUCGACGCAGGUCCAACUUACGUUAUAUACAACCGGCUCUCUGGUGCAUUGGAUGAUUACCAUGAGAUUUACUGGCCGGAUAGCAAUCUGACCCAAGGGUUUUGUUCGCCAACAGUCGAGCCCUUAACGAGUUGGCAGCCCGCAAGCACAAAAACCAAAGAAUGGAGUUACUUCAUUGCUACUUACACAGGGAAGGCUCCUGAAAGCACACCCUCGGGCGAACCUGUUCCACUCCCCUCUAAACUAAUCGACCAUCUAAAGCAAGUCCCAGCUAUUCAAAGUCAAUUCCGCGGCUCAGAUAUCGCUACUUGUAGCUUUAGUAGACCGCCCGAAUCCUUCUUGCGUCCUAGACCUACAGGACUCAUCCCCCCAGCCGCACCGCCUCCAUCGCCAUUUCCCAUCUUCCUGUCACCUUUGACAGGGACAUAUAUUGCGACCAGCUUUGAGUCCACGUCUGUUCACGUCACGGUUCGAGGUUGUUUAAGGUGUCAAGAUACAGCAACAAAGGAUGUCGCAGAGCCUACGAUGUCAAACAAGAUAGCAGAUCCCACUCCCACAAACAAACCCGAUCCUAAUCAGCAUAACAACGAUGCUCCAUCGCCUAGCCAACCUGACAGUAUACCCGACGACACGGUCAAGCCGACUCAAGGUGGCGGGAAAACCUCACCGAGUAUUCCAGACGUUGUGAACACGGUCAACCACGAUAACCCUUCCGUUUGGACAAACGGAAAUCCAGGAGCGACUACGACUAGAAGCGUGACGAUUGGUGGAGUUGUCUUUCCAGUGAACACUCCCAAACCAACUCAGGCCGAGCCGGAUGAUCAGAACGGACAAAAUCAUAAUCCAGUUCCUCCGAUUAUCGUAAUUGGAUCCGAAACGUUGACACAAGGGCAGACGAAGACUAUUAACGGCGUGCCUGUGGUGGUACCCUCAGAUGGUGGUGGAACACGAAUCGUUGUAGACGGAAGUACGGUCCCUUUCAAUCCGGCAACGACUCAAGGUCUGCCUGUUCUUACGGUGGGCGGAGGUGUUGUCACGCCAAAUUCGCGAGGAGAGUACAUACUUGGAUCUGAGACACUGAAGCCAGGAGGCCCUGCCAUCACCAUCAACGGAAACACAGUCAGCAUGGAGCCGAACGGUAUGGCCAUCGUCAAUGGUGCUACGCAGACCAUUGCGAAUGUUCCUGUGGUAACUGGAGCGCCCGUUAUUACAGUGGACGACCAAACCGUCUCAGCGACUGUCGUGGGAGGCUCAACGGUCUUUGUUGUAGCACCCGGUCAAACACUAAGCGCAGGAAGUACGCUCAUCGUUGACGGCACGACCUACAGUAUGCCUGAAAAUGGACAAGGUUCGACCAUCCUGAUUAACGGGCAGACAUCGGUGUUGGGGGCGGGACAAUCUGUUGUGACUCUUGAUGGAGGGAGAUCCGUUACUGCGCAAGUUGUCAGCGGCACGACAGCCUAUGUCAUCGCUCCGGACCAGACUCUUACUCCAGGUGGCAUCCUUACUAUCUCCGGGACUACAUACUCUAUGCCCACGAGCGCAUCUGGUACCGUCAUCGUCGUCAACGGCGUUACGUCCACUCUGGCAGCACCCGGCUCUGGCAUUACUGACGCUCCAGCCUUGACCAUCAACGGUGUGACAUACACACAUACUGUUGCAGACGGAACAACGGAAUACGUUCUGAACGACGGAACAACACUCGUACCUGGUUCGUCAAUUGAGAUUGACGGGACAACCUACUCUCUGGACUCACAGGGAACUGCCCUGAUCAUCAAUGGACAAACCAGCACCAUUCCUAAGCUACCGAAGAGCAAUAGCGCCAGUACGACACGUUCGAGUUCAGCUUCUACGACGCGAAGCCGCGAUGCCGGAGACUUGAUUGCGAGCGGAAUUGGAGAGACUAGUAAGGCACUAGGAGUAUCUACGCACGUUGGUGGUUUGGAUAAAUGGAUUGAGAGUUUGAUCGUUGGCGCUGCGGGGUGGCUCACAUUAUUACUGUGA